UGGGGCCCGGCUUCCUGAAGGGAGGAUGGGCUAAGGCAGGCACACAGUGCCGGAGAAGAUGCCCUCCUGGGCCCUUUUUCUGGUCACCUCCUGCCUGCUCCUGCCUCCUGAAAACCUAGCACAAGUCACCAGCCAAGAUGUCUCCCUGCUGGCCUCGGACUCAGAACCCCUGAACUGUUUCUCCCAAACAUUUGAGGACCUCACAUGCUUCUGGGAUGAAGAAGAGGCGGCUCCCAAUGGGACCUACCAGCUGCUGUACGCCUACCCGGGGGAGAAGCCUCGGGCCUGCCCCCUGAGUUUCCAGAGUGUGCCACCCUCUGGAACCCGAUUCAUAUGCCAGUUUCCAGCCCAGGAGGAAGUGCGCCUCUUCCAUCCACUGCACCUCUGGGUGAAGAACGUGCUCCUGAAUGAGACACUGGCCCAGCGGGUGCUCUUUGUGGACAGAGUGGGCCUGCCAGCUCCCCCUAGUGUCAUCAAGGCCAAGGGCGGGAGCCAGCCAGGCGAACUUCAGAUCAGCUGGGAGGCCCCAGCUCCUGGAUUCAGUGACUUCCUGAGGCACCAACUCCGCUAUGGUCUCAAGGAUUCCAGGAACUCCACUGGUGUCACAGUCAUGCAGCUACUCCCCACAGACACCUGCUGCCCAUCUCUGCAGAGGCCAAACCCAGCCCCAGCUCUGAACCAGCCUCCAUGUGCUCAUCCCACAAUGCCCCAGAGGGAUGGACCAAAGAAGAACUCCCCAGCUAGAGAAGUUUCAUCUCUGACCGCGAUGGAUGGAAGCUGUCUCAUCUCAGGGCUUCAGCCUGGUAACUCCUACUGGCUCCAGCUGCGCAGCCAACCUGAUGAGGUAUCCCUCCUCGGCUCCUGGGGAUCCUGGUCCUUCCCUGUGACUGUUGACCUGCCUGGGGAUGCAGUGGAAAUUGGUCUGCAAUGCUUUACCUUGGACCUGAAGAAUGUUACCUGUCAGUGGCAGCAACAAGACCAUGCUAGCUCCCAAGCUUUCUUCUACCACAGCAGAGCACGGUGCUGCCCCAGAGACAGGGACCCUAUCUGGGAGAAGUGUGAAGAAGAGAAAACAAAUCCAGAAUUACAGAACUUCCCAUUCUCUCGCUGCCACUUCAAGUCACGGAAUGACAGCGCUAUUCACAUCCUCGUGGAGGUGACCACAGCCCAUGGUGCUGUCCACAGCUACCUGGGCUCCCCUUUCUGGAUUCACCAGGCUGUGCUCAUCCCCACCCCAAACCUGCACUGGAGGGAGGUCUCCAGUGGGCAGCUGGAGUUGGAGUGGCAGCACCCAUCAUCCUGGGCAGCCCAAGAGACCUGCUAUCAGCUUCGAUACACAGGAGAAGGCCAUCAGGACUGGAAGAUGGUGGAACCGCCUCUAGGAGCCCGGGGAGGGACUCUGGAGCUGCGCCCACGAUCCCGCUACCGCUUACAACUGCGCGCAAGGCUCAACGGCCCCACCUACCAAGGGCCCUGGAGCGCCUGGUCAGACCCCGCCAGUGUGGAAACAGCAUCCGAGACUGCCUGGAUCUCCUUGGUGACUGUCCUGCUCCUGGUGCUGGGCCUCAGCGCCUUCCUGGGCCUGCUGAUGCUGAGGUGGCAGUUUCCCGAGCACUACAGGAGACUGAGGCACGCCCUGUGGCCCUCACUUCCAGACCUGCACCGGGUCCUCGGCCAGUACCUGAGGGACACUGCAGCCCUGAGCCCGCCUAAGGCCACAGUCUCAGACAUCUAUGAAGAAGUGGAACCCAGCCUCCUUGAAAUCCUACCCAAGUCCUCAGAAAAGACUCCCUUGCCCCUAUGUUCCUCCCAGGCCCAGGUGGAUUACCGAGGAUUGCAGCCUUCUUGCCUGGGGACCCUGUCUGUGUGCCCACCCAUGGUCGAGCCAGGGUCCUGCUGUACUACUCACAUUGCCAACCAUUCCUACCUACCACUAAGUUGUUGGCAACAGCCCUGAAGGCCCUUGCUGUCUAGUCCCUGGACAGAUCCAAACCCUCUAGCUCUCUCUCCUAAUCAUCCUACCCUAGUCACCAACACACCUCAGACUCGUGCCCAUUCCUCUCUGCCUACCCUUAUAGCUGGGCUCCAUAGCGCUGAUCCUGCCAUUCUGCUGACACAAAUCCAGUACCUUUCUCCACAGGCAGCUCAUUUGACUAAGUCCCUCUAAGCUCACCUUCCUUCUCCCUCCUGUUCAAUGCCAAACUCCUUGAAAAGUCUGAACUUCCCCCACUUGCCACUGCUCUUCAGACCACUUCAACUUGUUCCUCUACUGCCAUUCUACUAAUGAAACUGCCCCGGCAAAAUUCACCUCAAAUCUUCUCAAUACACAAUCCAAAAGGAUUUUGUCCAUCACCAACUUAUUUGACUUCUGUGGCAUUUGUCAUGAUUAACUACUCAUUUCUCCUAAGUUUUCUUUUCCCUUGGCUUCCACACCUUUACCUUCUUUCCUGGCUCUGCUCUUGCCUCUGUAAGAAUACCAGCCAAGAGGGUAAACUGUGGAGUCACCUAAUGAAUAUGCAACCUUGGACAAAUAACUUGAGGUCCGUGAGCAGUUUUCUCAUCUAUAAAACAAGGAUAAUAACAGUAUUCCCAUUGAAUGGUGAAGAGGAUGAAGUGAGGUAACCUAAGUAAAACACAGUGCUUAGGACAUGAAAAAUGCUUAACGUAUGUGAACUACUAUUGCAACAAUUCCUUCCUAACCUGUUAUUCUGACAUUUCUUCCACUCCAUAAUUAUUGCAGUCCCGUAAGAUUCCAUUCUUAAGUCUCCAAUCCCACCUGUUCCCAUUGCCUUAAAUAUUAAUAGAUGGUGACGAUUCCCAAGUUCCUCUCUUCAACUCGAACACCUGCGAUGCUUUAUGCAAUCACUUUACAUAUCUGUCUCCCAUUUCUAGAUUGUGAGCUCCUUGAGGGCAAGGGUGGUGAUUUAUUUGUCCCUUUCCCCAGCACCUAGAGUAGUGCUUGGUGCAGAAUAGUAGCCCUUCAAUAAAUGUUUUCUAAAUGAA